CAUCGCCUGUGCCAUUUGAAAUCCAAAGUAUGGGGUGAGCAAAGCUGCUUUAUCCGAGGAGAAUGUGUCUCCGGGUGCUGUCAAGUCAGAUCCGUGGAAGGUGGGCACAUUUUCUGCCUCGCCCCGUAAUGAUUCUCGAAACUAUGCACCACCGCUUUGGACCGAGCCCUGAGAGGAUAAUUGACAGAAGCAUGAGAAGUCUGACAUAGGAUUUCGUUGUUUGAAGACAUUGGUGCUCGAGUUUUCCCUUGCUCUGAAGUUCUGGGGCAUUUGAUCGGCGUUGCAUGCAACCGCAGAAGACCAAUAACUGGUGGACAGUGGAAGGCCAGCAUCUUAUUCCUUCUGGAGAAGACAUGGCUCUGACAGUUGAAACAGAGUCUCAGAUUUACCGCUCCCUCCGGACUGUCUUUGGUGCAGCUGCACACCUUGUCUCUCUUGGAUUUACUAUUGUCAUGGUAGUGCUCACCAGACCUGGAUCAAGUGUGUUCUCUUGGCAUCCUUUCUUAAUGUCUCUUGCGUUUUCCUUCCUGAUGACAGAGGCCUUGCUGACUUUCUCUCCAGAGAGUUCCCUCCUCCGGUCCUUCUCGCGCAAAGCCAAAGUCCGCUUCCACUGGGCUUUACAGCUGCUUGCUCUCGUCUGUGCAGUGCUGGGUCUGGCCGUUAUCAGCUAUAACAAGCACCUCAAUGGGAAAGAGCACUUUGUCACCUGGCACGGCCAGAUUGGCUUGCUGACAGUAGCAUAUGCUAGCAUGCAGUGCGUGGGUGGGCUUGCCCUGCUCUAUCCCAAGCUGAUGAAGAACUGGACGCUGGGCAAACUGAAGCUGUACCAUGCCACAUCAGGGCUAAUUGGGUAUCUACUUGGUUGUACCACUUUGAUGCUAGGCAUGUGUUCCUUAUGGUUUUCCACAACUGUGACUGGAAUCUCCUGGUAUCUGAUAAUGCUGUGUCCGAUUCUGACUAGUUUGGUUAUCAUGAACCAAGUGAGCAAUGCCUACCUCUACCGUAAAAGAAUCCAGCCUUGAAAACCAUUUUAAAAGAAGACAUCUGUGUGGGAUCCCUGAAGCAUUUCUGCAUUAUCUGGAAGAAAUCCAUGUCUUUGUACAAAGAGUACUGGAGCUCAAGAAUCUCUUUCUACCUGCCUCUUUGUAUGGAUUUUUUAAAUUGCUGCCAUUCUUCAAUUUUCCAUAGCAUAGAUGCCUAUGCUGUCAAACCAAGUGUCCUGCAGUCCCGUGCAGCAUCCUGUGUGAAUAUUGCUGGAACUAUAACAAUUAUUAGUGUUGUAUAAGAGCCCAACUGUGCUCUGCUGGUGCUUCUCCCUCCCUCCCUCCCUCCCCUCAUGAAAUCAGUGGAUAUAUUCUGGUUUAGAUUAUUCUUGAUGUGACCAUUAUGUAUACAAUUGUAAAUCUAACUUGCUCUAACUUCCUUUUCAUAUUCAUAUUCAGUUCUAAGGAAUGGGCAUUUUUAACAUUCCUCUUUGAAGGGACGGCUUUUAUCCAAUGUAACAGGUUUCUGUUUGCAGUGACGGUCAAUUCUCCCUUUUUUAAAAAAAGUCACAUGCUAUGUGAAGGUACAGCAUCCCCAACUAUACAUGUUGAUCAAGGGCUAUAAUAUAUUUUACAUUUUUAAAAAAGAGUUGCUUUGUGCAGAAGGAAAUUCUGAAGGAAAAAACUUCAGAAAAUGAGUACUUCUUUCACCUGUUGUUUUUCUUAUUCAGGAGUAUCUGUCCUGUUCUCAAGUGCUUUUAUCCUCUGCAGGAUUUCAAAUGCAUGUUAGCAUAUAAGAUAGAUAGCUCCUCAGCAUAAAGAUGUCACUUAAAACCAGUAUCCCUCCAUUUUAUAGAUACACUGAGAUUACUGUAACUAUAUUCCUAACCAAAAUUCUGACUUUUUGCUCAACAGCUGAAGGAUGCAACGCUAUAAAAAGGCACUUUAAUUUAAAUCAGCAAACAGGAACAUAUAUCCCCUGCCAGAAUUUAAGUUAUAGUUCAGCCUUUUCUGCAGGCUGUAGGUUAUUAGCCCUGGUUUAAUGGCACAACGGGAAUGUUACCAGAACAUAAUGGUGAGACACUUAUUUUGCUAAGCCUUCAGUAAGUUUUCAAAAGAUGUGUCCCCAAAAAGCACAUCUAUCCUUAUCCAGGAGCAGGUAACCCAUGACAACCCAGGUAACCUAGUGCCACUAAAGUGGUUAUAGACAAAAGGUGGAAUUGGGAUGGAAUGGUCUAAGGGUAAGGAGGUGGGCAUGGGGAGCUUUGGCACAAACUGUUUUUAGACAGAGAUGAAAAACUGCAGGGUGAAGAACACUAUUUCAUCCUUAUUAUUGUAUCUAAAAAACACUGAGGCAUGCAGAGAGGAGACAUGGCAAAACCUCAAGGGGAUAUGCAUCCAAAGAGAUGUGCAGAGGACUGGGAUACAGCCAGAUGUGUUUCUUUCCAUCUCUCUCAAAAUUUCUUUUGUGGUGCAGCUUCAGGCACAAUACUGUGAAAGAUGAGGGUGUCCCUUUAAAAUCUGUUCCUUGACAAUAGCAUUGAAUUUAGAAGUGAUUCAUCGUCAGGCGCAGCUUUGGCAGCUAUGAAGUUUCAGAGCACAUUGGCUGGGUGAAAACUAAGUUACAAUGUGAUUUGUUUGGUUUUUGACUUACGGUUAUGUGAAUUACACCAUUAUGGUAUAUAAACCAUGGUUCAGCGUUUAAUAUUUUUAUCAGCCAGGCCACAAUUGUUUAUUCAACAAGUCACAGUUAAAAGGAACCAAAGUUUAGCACAUGGGUGAACCCAUCCCACAGAAUAAUGGCUGACAUAGUGUGCUGCUUUCAGUCACUGAUAAUCCAAUGGCCAUGUAAUAAUGAAGUAUUUAUUCCUUUUUAAGCCACAAAAAGCAAGAACCGAGUCCCCUCUUGAGUUUCCACAGUACUUAACUCCUGAUCUUCAUUCUCAUAUUAUAUAGUCUUCUGUUCCUUAAAGUGGGGUCUUAUGGCUAAUUGGUGAUGAUAGCUUGGAGUGAUGGGAAUUUUAGUCCCAAAACUCAACUGAGGCUACAGUUGAGAAAGUUGGAGAAAGUCUGUCACAGGUGACUGUAAGCCUCAUCUUUUAGACCUAUAAAGGAAAAAAAAAAAAGGCCUGUUAUCUUCUGCUCAGUAAAUCAAGCAGAAAAUCUAUACUUGUUUUUUGACCCAAACUCUUCAAUGUCUGACUAGUAAAGAAUAACAGUACUAGAUAGUGGGAUCCUGCAAUAACAGACAAAAAUGCAUAGUCCUGAUUGACAAAGAAAUCCUCUCAUUUCUUCAGACUUGGAGUUGUUUGAAAUGCAAAGUUCUUUCACAAAAAUGAGAUGUAUCAUGCAAGCGGAGCUUGAGAACAAGUUCAUUUGUGAUUAAGUACAUGUGCACAAUUGACAUUUUCAUUUAUCUUUAAUUCUUACAUGAAAGUGCUUCCUUCACAAACUUGCUAAGGUUCUUAAAGAGCUUAGAAAAAGACAAGAUUAUGCUUUCUCCCUUGCUUUUCCAAAGUGGGGAUCAACCCUAAUUGCUUAUUUUUUUUAUCUUAGCUAUCAGAAGAGGCAACAAUUGACCCCAUAAUGUGUUUUGUUUGCAGCAUGUUAGAACAUUUUCAGUAAACAUGGACUCUGAGGCUCUUGCUUAUGUUACUUCCAGGACCUCCUUAAGUAAAUAAGUCUUUGUAUUCUACUACUGAGAAGGGAAUAACGUGUGCUUUCCAAAGAGGAAGAAAAGUGGGCAAAGCAAAACUUAUUUAAUCGGGAAAUAGAAUUAUGUCACAGAUGAAUUGUUAGUAAUGACGUAUUUAAAGUCAUUCAUGGGCAACUCAUGUUGAAAUCAAUGAAACAAACAGACUAACUUAAGUCCUAUAGUUUUCAAAGACAGAUGGCCACAAGUAGCUUUAGUUACCCUGCAGGCUUUGAUUGCAAUCCCCUCCCCCAGCGUUUUUUAAAUUAAAUCCAGUUCUCUGAAUAUUACAAAGGCAGGAACAAAGACUGAUGAUAUUGGAAGAUCUUACCACACGGCAUUGUGCAGAGAGCAUGAGGUAUACUUUUUUCAAGCAGCAUGUAAAUGUCUGUAGUUUCCAGUGGUACACAGUUUAGUUAUCUGUUGCUGCUCCUUUUGUUCCAACAUAUAUUUUGCCAUAUAGUAUUAUAGUUAAAAACACACAUAUACUAGGCUUAAAAAGGUUAUAUUUACACCGAGGGCAUAGGGGAAGAUUAAUCCCUCCAUAGAUAACUUCAAUGAACAAUUUAUAAUUGGUUUUAAUGCUUCUUUUUUGCCCAGCUUUUACCCAUUAAACUGGUCAAGUUAGGGCUGCUGCUUUGAUAAGAAAUAACACAAGUAAUAUUUGUUACCUGAACCAUCCAAAACAAAAUACAGUGGCACUAAACUGUGUAGCAGGUGAACCUACCACUGAAUCUUGGGGGAGGGGAGGGGAGGGGAGGGGGGCAAGGGAAAGAAGCUUGUACUUAUGAAUACUGAAAUAAAGAUUUUUUUAAAAAUGUAGCAGCUGUGACAUACUGCCAUCAUGCUUGUUUUUGCUUCCUUCAGAGAGAUUUUGCAUUAUUCAGUGAUACAGAAAUGUCACACCCACUGCUGGAAUGAUAGUUUCAGAUUUUGUGAAAGCAUAACAGCCUCUCAGAUAUUUCUAUGAACCAUAUUCCCUUUAAUUAUGAGUUCUGCCUUCAGUGUGUCUCAGGGGAAUAUUACCCAUUACGACCGCAAUGUUUU